UUAGCUAGCCAAUUACAGGCUAACGGGAAAAAUGGCUUAGCGUGGUCCCCCCUCAUUACAUCGACAAUCAUAUAGCUGUAAUAUUUUGUUGAUACAUAUGAUUUACGUUUUUAGUAUUCCUUGUAAACGUACUUGAUUCAUGCAAACUCUCGUUCGUUGGAUUUAGCAGGCUCAUAUGAACAUCUUUUGACAUCAACACGGCUCAGCUCAACCGGUGCAGCAGACCCGGAGCAACAUGGUAGUUCCGGACAGCGCCAGUGCGGCGCAACCAGCAGACAACGACUGUGUGAAGCCCUCCCAGCCGAGCUACGAGGAGGAGCAGGAGCUAGCAGGGGUGGAGUUGGAGGAGGUACGUAAGCUCCAGGAACUCAUUCGAAGACUUGAGGUCCAGAAUCAAACACUCCGCAACAGGGGAGGCAGUAAGAAUCUCAGAGAGACCACCACAAACAACAGUAACCUCACAACCAGUACCAACAUCAAUGAGAUAAUCUCCUCCUGUGAAGGAGUGAUCAACACCAACUCCCUUCUCAGGUUGGGGAGCAGUGGAAGUUGUGGAACGGAACUAGGAAGCAGCAGUAGUGACUUGGAGCUGUCCCCUCCUCAGGACAGUAGUAGCAGUGAGGAUAUGUCCCAGCUCCCUGUAGUUAACCGGGAAGAGGAGGAUGGUGGACUGUGCGCAGGCUUUCUGACCCUGCCGUGCGGGAACGGACCAGGACCGGCACAGACCCAGGGGCUAAGCACAACCCCAGAGAGUCCCUCUCUGGACAGCUAUGAGUCUGAGACCCUGGCGGAGAGCGACUCGGGAUUGGACCAGUUAGCCCUGGAUGAGGUGGAUGUUCUGGACCUAUGGGAGGACCUUGCAGAGGUGGAUGACGAGGACAGCUGGUUGUAUGUCUCCCCUAUGAAGCAGGUAGUUGCUGAGCCCAGACCUGAGUCUCCUCUGAAGUGGUGUCGGAAGGUUCUGGACCACCCCAGCCCAGAGACGGAGGUGGCCUGUCGCACCCUGCUCAACCGUCUCGACCAGACGUCUCGCUGGAGGAACAUCUACAGCAGCUCUGGUCAGACGGGGGAGGCUGGCUCCUCUGGCCUCCUCUCUCCUGGGUACCACCACAAAUCCACUAACAAAACCCUACUAGCCAGUGGUGGCUCAGGCUACGUGAGUGUGCACUCUGCUCUGAGUUCCCAGUCUUCUGUAGACAGUGAGCUGAGUACCUCAGACGACUCCAUCACCAUGGGUUACAAGCUACAGGACCUCACUGACGUCCAGAUCAUGGCCCGCCUACAGGAAGAGAGUCUGAGACAGGACUAUGCCUCCAGCUCUGCCUCAGUGUCUCGUCGUAGUUCCUCUGCCUCCCUCCAGUCUCUACGUCGGGGUGGGACCUACAGCGACCAGGAGUUUGACACCUACAGCCUGGAGGAUGAGGAGGAUGAGUGCUGCUCUCUGCCCCAGCGACGCCUCCGCUACUCCCCCUCUCCCCUGAGCUCGCCCCGCUGCCUCUCCCCCUCCACGGGUUCCCAGGGCCAGGCAGAGUACAGCAGGCUGGGGGCCCCCCGACAACGUGUUCCACGGCGUUCGCUACAGGGGCCCGGGCCCGAGCUUCUAAAGUUCGCCAAGACCGAGGAAGAGGUGAGGCACAGCAUGCCUAACCUGGCCCCCCGCACCAGCCUGCGUUCCCUGGAGGCGGUCAGGAAUAGCCGCAGCAUGGAGGCUAACCUCCAGAGCUCUGGUAUGUCAUCCAGUCGGAUGCGAGGCAGUGGCCAGUCCCAUCUGUCUAUGCGGGUCCCUGUCAAAGCCAUGGGCUCCAUGCCGGGGGCCCGCCAGCCCUCCAGGGGCCUGCCUGUAGUCCAGAGUGGACCCAAUGGAGGGGUACGGAGGGUCCAGUCCCCAGGGCCUGCCAAUGGGGAAGCCUACACAGCCGGGAGAGCCUCUACUGUGGGUGGGAGGCAAGCAGCAGCCCCAUCCUCAAGGAGUAGACUGGCCCAUCCUCAUAGAAGGUCUAUGGGGAUGACUAGAACGAAUGGCCCAAUCUCAAAUGAGUCGUGGAGAGACGGCUGCUACUGAGGCAACAAGGAAACUUCCUCCACCUCUCCUUUAUCUCACGUUUUAGUA